AUACUGUGUACCAAAGAAAUGGUGAUGGAGAAGCCAAGUCCCCUGCUCGUAGGGCGGGAGUUUGUGAGACAGUACUACACUCUGCUAAAUAAAGCUCCUGACUUCUUGCACAGGUUUUACGGCAGGAAUUCUUCUUACGUCCAUGGAGGACUGGAUGCCAGCGGGAAACCGCAAGAAGCAGUGUACGGUCAAGCUGAGAUACACAAGAAGGUGAUGUCAUUACAGUUCAGCGAAUGCCACACCAAGAUUCGUCAUGUGGAUGCUCAUGCUACUCUGAGCGAUGGGGUGGUUGUGCAAGUCAUGGGAGAGCUGUCAAACAACGGGCAGCCGAUGAGGAAGUUCAUGCAGACUUUUGUGCUGGCUCCAGAAGGUUCCGUUCCAAACAAGUUCUAUGUCCAUAAUGAUAUCUUCAGAUAUGAAGAUGAAGUAUUUGGCGAUUCGGAAGGAGAACUCGAUGAAGAGUCUGAGGAAGAGGUGGAAGAGGAGCAGGAGGAAAGACAACCGUCACCUGAACCUGUGCAAGAGAAUGCAAGCGGUACUUACUAUGAAAACCAUCCUGUAACCAAUGGGAUAGAGGAGGCGCUAGAAGAAUCGCCUCACGAACCUGAGCCGGAAUUGGAAUCUGAAACGAAAACCGAGGAGCUGAAAGCUGAAGUAGAAGAAAAGACCCUUGAGGAGCUAGAAGAGAAGUCUCCAUCUCCACCUCCUGUAGAACCUGUUUCGCUACCACAAGAACCACCAAAGGCUUUCUCUUGGGCUUCAGUGACCAGUAAAAACCUGCCUCCUAGUGGUACUGUUUCUUCCUCUGGAAUUCCACCCCAUGUUAAAGCACCAGUCUCACAGCCAAGAGUCGAAACUAAGCCUGAAGCUCAGUCUCAACCUCCUCGAGUACGUGAACAGCGUCCCAGGGAAAGGCCGGGUUUUCCACCCCGAGGACCUCGACCAGGGAGAGGGGACAUGGAACAGAAUGAGUCGGAUAAUCGUCGAAUAAUCCGCUAUCCAGACAGCCACCAGCUCUUUGUGGGGAACUUGCCGCAUGAUAUCGAUGAGAGUGAACUGAAAGAGUUCUUCAUGAGCUUUGGAAACGUGGUAGAACUUCGCAUAAAUACUAAAGGAGUGGGAGGAAAACUGCCUAAUUUUGGUUUCGUGGUAUUUGACGAUUCUGAGCCGGUCCAGCGAAUUUUAGUUGCAAAACCUAUUAUGUUCCGGGGUGAGGUGCGCUUGAACGUAGAAGAGAAAAAAACAAGAGCCGCUCGUGAAAGAGAGACCCGAGGCGGAGGCGAUGAUCGUAGGGAUAUUCGUCGCAAUGAUAGAGGCCCCGGGGGUCCCCGUGGAAUAGUGGGUGGUGGCAUGAUGCGAGACCGUGACGGAAGAGGACCCCCUCCGAGAGGCGGCAUGGCACAGAAACUUGGCUCUGGACGAGGAACCGGGCAAAUGGAAGGCCGUUUCACUGGACAGCGUCGCUGAAGACUCCACUGUGGGCAGACAGUCUUGGCAGUGGUACAUUAUCCGUCGUGUUUGCAUUCUUGUUAAUUUUUUUUGGCUUUGGAAUGUGACACAGCCCUUCUGAUCAUUUCUUUGAUGUGAAAGCAUCCUUUGGUUUCCAGUUUAAAUUGAGGUGGACGUUCUUUCCCCAGUUUUACAACAGGAGUCACACUGUUAAUUUAUAAACAUAGACUUGGAGAAUUGAGGACUGGGAAGAAAAAAAAAAAAGAAAAAAAAGAAAAAAGAAAAAAAAAGACCGGUUAACUAUCUGCAACAAAAGUGAACUAAAGGACAUGCCCAGUAGAGUUCAGGUCCUUUCGGUCAAAAA